GGGACCAGAUAUAGUGAAUGCAGGGUCCGGGGAGACCGGAUAUAGUGAAUGCAGGGUCCGGGGAGACCGGAUAUAGUGAAUGCAGGGUCCGGGGAGACCGGAUAUAGUGAAUGCAGGGUCCGGGGAGACCGGAUGUAGUGAAUGCAGGGUCCGGGGAGACCGGAUAUAGUGAAUGCAGGGUCCCGGGGAGACCGGAUAUAGUGAAUGCAGGGUCCGGGGAGACCGGAUGUAGUGAAUGCAGGGUCCGGGGAGACCGGAUAUAGUGAAUGCAGGGUCCGGGGAGACCGGAUGUAGUGAAUGCAGGGUCCGGGGAGACCGGAUAUAGUGAAUGCAGGGAGACCAGAUAUAGUGAAUGCAGGGUCCUGGGAGA